UUCAACCCAAAUGGCUCCAACACUCUCUACCGUACAGUUCGCAGAUCCAGCUGAAGUAACCGAGUUCGUGGUCAACAAAGGAAACGGCGUAAAGGGUUUAUCAGAAACAGGAAUCAAAGCUCUUCCCGACCAAUACAUUCAACCAUUCGAAGAACGUCUCAUUAACAAGUUCGUCAACGAAACAGACGAGGCCAUUCCUGUCAUCGACAUGUCCAACCCCGAAGAGGACAAAGUCGCUGAAGCUGUCUGUGACGCUGCUGAGAGAUGGGGUUUCUUUCAAGUGAUCAACCAUGGAGUUCCUCUUGAAGUUCUUGACAACGUGAAGGCUGCCACUCACAGGUUCUUUAAUCUCCCUGUUGAGGAGAAGAGUAGGUUCACAAGGGAGAAUUCAUUGUCGACGAAUGUAAGGUUUGGAACGAGUUUUAGUCCUCGUGCAGAGAAAGCUCUUGAGUGGAAAGAUUAUCUCAGUCUCUUCUUUGUCUCUGAAACCGAAGCUGAACAGUACUGGCCUGAUGCUUGCAAGAACGAAGCUCUAGAGUACAUGAACAAGUCCAAGACAAUGGUGAGGAAGCUUUUAGAGUAUUUAGGGAAGAAUCUCAACGUGAAGGAGCUAGACAAGACCAAAGAAUCACUCUUCAUGGGUUCAAUUCGAAUCAACCUCAACUACUAUCCCAUCUGUCCUAAUCCCGACCUAACCGUUGGCGUUGGUCGUCACUCAGACGUCUCUUCCCUCACCAUUCUCUUACAAGACCAGAUCGGUGGUCUCCACGUGCGUUCUCUAUCCUCAGGGAACUGGGUUCACGUGCCACCGGUUCCCGGAUCUUUCGUGAUCAACAUCGGAGACGCCAUGCAGAUCUUGAGCAAUGGUCGUUACAAGAGCGUGGAGCAUCGUGUCUUAGCCAACGGUAGCAACAACAGAAUCUCCGUUCCUAUCUUCGUGAAUCCAAAACCAGAGUCUGUGAUUGGUCCUCUUCCUGAGGUGGUCGCAAAUGGAGAGGAACCCGUUUAUAGAGACGUUGUGUACUCUGAUUACGUCAGAUACUUUUUCAAGAAGGCACACGACGGAAAGAAAACCAUCGAUUUCGCCAAGAUUUGAUUACAAUCAGACCUAAAAGGAGUUUGAUGUCUUGUUUUGUUUCCUGUUUGUGUUUGUGUAAGCGAAUAAAGAAGAAAGAAGACAGACAUAUGAUGUCUUCUUGAAACUUUGUUCAGUAUUGUUUUGUAUAACGUGUCACAGAAGCA